CAAAAAGUUGUGUUCGUCUUUCUGGUUGGAAAGCUUUAUGCGUCUGGGGUUUACUCCUUGGGCUUUGGAAUGUUUCUUUAGGUGUGGAAGCUCUUUUGAUCAGUGCUCAAAGACAGCUUCCUGGAAGCGGACACGGAAGGAAAAGGCUACAUUGACUGCCAAAACGUCAUUUCCGUCGUUCGCAAAGCGCUGGGAAUAGCUCUCAACAACCAAGAAAGGGACAAAAUUCUGAAGAAAGCAGAAAUUCUCGCCGGAAGAGGUCAGCUAAGUGUCAAUGCUUUUAUCACUGUAAUGGCAGAUACAUUAACAGAGACAACACAGUGGGGCAACUUGAAGACAGAUGUUUCUGGUUAUGUUGGAAUUGAUACAUUACAAGAGCAAAUUCGGAAGAAAGUUUUGAAAAAAGGAUUUGAAUUCAAUAUUAUUGUUGUUGGAAGAAGUGGCCUUGGUAAAUCAACAUUGCUCAAUACUCUAUUUAAAGCCAGUGUAAGCCGACGGACAUGUGUCAAAAAUGAAGGUGAAGAAAAUGGAAUUUAUAAAAUUCCAAAAACUACAGAGGUCAAGUCUGUUAGCCAUGUUCUCGAGGAGAAAGGAAUUCGCUUGAGGCUAACAGUUACAGACACUCCAGGAUUUGGAGAUCAUAUUAAUAAUGAAAACUGCUGGUUACCCAUUCUUGACUACAUUAAUCAGCAAUAUGAAAAAUAUUUAAAUGAAGAACAAAGUGUUGCUCGAAAGAAAUACAUUCCUGACACCAGAGUUCAUUGUUGUUUAUAUUUCAUUCCACCUACUGGACAUUCAUUAACUCCAUUAGAUGCUGAAUUUAUGAAAAAAUUAGACAAAAUUGUGAAUAUUGUUCCUGUAAUUGCUAAGGCCGACACUCUUACAGUAGAUGAGAGGCUUGCAUUCAAGCAACGAAUUAAACAAGAUUUGGAAAGAAAUGGAAUAAAAAUUUACCCUAUCAGUGAACUUGAAGAAGAACCAGAAGAUAUUAUAUCCAAUAAUAAAAUUAGGGAAAUGAUUCCUUAUGCUGUAGUCGGAAGCAAUGUUCAACACCAAAUCAAUGGCAGAACCAUUUAUGGUAGGAAAACACAAUGGGGAACCGUAGAAGUUGAGAAUAGAGCUCAUUGUGAAUUUCCAGAUCUCAGGGAUAUGCUAAUAAGAACUCAUAUGCAAGACCUGGUGGAUGUGACUCGGCUAGUUCAUUAUGAAAAUUUCAGACAUCAGAGACUACGAUCCAAGGAUCGCCAUGUUAAUGGUUUGAAUGGACAGGUGGUAGAUAUUGAGCAAAUGAAUGAAAGUAGCUUAUAGAAAAUAUGCACUUUCGCGGAGCAUAUCAGCAUUUAAUCAUUUGUCCUUCUUCAAUUCUAACAGUACAAGGAAAACAAGCAUAUUCAUGUCAUAGAACUUGAUGAGUUGAGCAUAAAAUCUUGAUUACCCGAAAUAAUUACUAGAUAAUACUUCACAUUCAGAUUUCUAUUGCUUUAAAAAAAAUAACAUUCAAAAAAAUUCAAUGUUUCAAAUGACUUAAAAAUAAAAUUAAAUUAAAAUGCAGAUAAAUUGGCACCUGAUGUAGGCAUGCCUGCCUCUGGUAACCUUGGAGUAAAAUGGUUUACUUAUAUAAAAUAAAAUUAAAUGAAUCAAAUUCAAAAGUACAGAUACUGACAUCAGUUGAAUGAAGUUCUGGUAAAACGUUUUGGAUAAUCGAUGUUUUACUGUGUUUUGUAUUGAUUGUUCACCAUUCUGCUUUUAUCAUUGAUUUAUUUUUUAUUAGAAGCACAUGAUUAUCAUAAUUAUGAUCUGACAUUUUACACAAAGUGUAAAUAAAACUGAUCUUUUUUUUUUGCUGUAUUUUUCACAAUUUCAGAAACAUAAGAAACAAAUUGUACAAUCAAUAAGAAUUGUGUAUAUGAAUUAUGAUAAAAUGUAUUAUUAGCUAAUUGGCUAAAUAUGCAUUAUGAAUUCUUUUCAAGUGCCUUUUAAAAGUAUGAUUAUUUAUGAUGCAGUGAUGUUCUUACAUCUGUGCUUGUUGCAUAAAGGUUUUAAUUUUAAAAUUAAGUUACCAUCCUUGGCAUUUUCAGUAAUUUCCCUUGCAUGUUUGAAAAGCUGCAACAGGUUAAAUGACCGUCUCAUUCCACUUCUGAAUUUAUUCUGUUCAUCAGUGAUGGAUUGGGAUGAGUAAAGCAAAAGGCACUGUUCAAGAAAACCCAUUUCUCUCAAAACAAAACUACAAUUUUAAACUUAAUGCCUAUUAUGCAGCAAACAGAUGUAUAUAUGUGUGUAUAUAACACCUUAACUGGCAUUUUGCAUGUGAUAUAUUCCUUUUUUUAUUUGUGUCAUUUCAGAUGUGAUUUGUUUAUUGCUUCAUUUUAUUUUUAAGCAUUUAUUUUUAUUGUCAUUUUUAUCAAAACAAAAGAAAUAAAGUUUAAAA